CCCACCGGUUUGCCGGCUCCCGCUCGCUAUGAGCCGCCCGCUCUGCAACCACUACGCGGCGCUCCUCUCUUCCUCUGCCGCCGCCGGCGGCCGCGAUGGGGCCCGCGUCCCCGGCGCCGUCCACUGCCUGGUCCUCCGGACGCUCCCGCACCCGCCGCCCACCUACGUCCUCAACCACCUGCUCACCGCAUACGCCAGGUCCGGCCGCCUCCCCCUCGCGCGCCGCCUGUUCGACGCAAUGCCCGACCCCAACCUCUUCAUCCGCAACGCGCUGCUCUCGGCGCUGGCCCACGCGCGCCUCCUCCCCGACAUGGACCGGCUCUUCGCGUCCAUGCCCCAGCGCGACGCGGUGUCCUACAACGCGCUCAUCGCGGGCUUCUCCGGUGCCGGCGCCCCCGCACGGGCGGCCGGGGCGUACCGCGCGCUGCUCCGGGAGGAGGCGGUGGUGGAUGGCGCCAGGGUCAGGCCCAGCCGCAUCACCAUGUCCGGCAUGGUCAUGGCCGCGUCGGCGCUCGGUGACCGCGCGCUCGGCCGCCAGGUGCACUGCCAGAUCAUGCGGCUCGGGUUCGGGGCGUAUGCCUUCACCUGGAGCCCCCUGGUCGAUAUGUACGCCAAGAUGGGCCUCAUUGGGGACGCCAAGCGGGUCUUUGAUGAGAUGGUGGUCAAGAAUGUGGUGAUGUACAAUACCAUGAUCACGGGGCUGCUCUGGUGCAAGAUGGUUGAGGAGGCUAGGGGGGUGUUUGAGGCGAUGGUCGACAGGGACUCCAUCACCUGGACUACCAUGGUUACAGGGCUGACGCAGAAUGGGUUGCAGUCGGAGGCGCUGGAUGUAUUCAGGCGGAUGAGGGCCGAGGGCGUCGGCAUUGAUCAGUACACUUUUGGGAGCAUCCUUACAGCCUGUGGCGCCCUUGCUGCCUCAGAAGAGGGGAAGCAGAUCCAUGCCUACACAAUCAGAACUCUGUACGAUGGCAAUAUCUUUGUUGGAAGUGCACUUGUUGACAUGUACUCAAAGUGCAGGAGCAUCAGACUGGCAGAAGCCGUUUUCAGAAGGAUGACAUGCAAAAACAUCAUCUCGUGGACUGCAAUGAUUGUUGGCUAUGGACAGAAUGGGUGCGGUGAGGAGGCCGUCAGGGUCUUCUCGGAGAUGCAGACGGAUGGCAUUAAGCCUAAUGAUUUCACCCUUGGCAGUGUCAUAAGUUCUUGUGCUAAUCUAGCAAGUCUGGAAGAGGGAGCACAGUUCCACUGCAUGGCGCUUGUCUCAGGGUUGAGGCCGUACAUUACAGUGUGUAGUGCACUAGUUACCUUGUAUGGAAAGUGCGGCAGUAUCGAGGACGCACACCGCUUAUUUGAUGAGAUGCCAUUUCACGAUCAGGUCUCCUACACAGCCCUUGUCUCAGGUUAUGCGCAGUUUGGGAAAGCAAAAGAAACUAUAGAUUUGUUUGAAAAGAUGUUACUGAAGGGUGUGAAGCCUAAUGGAGUAACAUUUAUUGGUGUCCUUUCCGCUUGUAGCCGUUCAGGGCUUGUGGAGAAAGGCCGCAGCUACUUCCAUUCCAUGCAGCAGGACCAUGGUAUUGUGCUCUUGGACGAUCACUAUACUUGUAUGAUUGACCUGUAUAGCAGAUCAGGGAGGUUAAAAGAAGCUGAGGAGUUCAUAAGGCAGAUGCCACGGUGUCCUGAUGCAAUUGGAUGGGCCACAUUGCUUAGCGCAUGCAGGUUGCGUGGUGACAUGGAGAUUGGGAAAUGGGCUGCUGAGAAUCUCUUGAAAACUGACCCACAAAACCCAGCGAGCUAUGUCUUGCUGUGCAGCAUGCAUGCUUCUAAAGGUGAAUGGAGCGAGGUUGCCCUGCUUAGGCGUGGAAUGAGGGAUAGGCAAGUGAAGAAGGAACCAGGCUGCAGCUGGAUCAAGUAUAAAAAUAGAGUUCACAUAUUUUCAGCCGACGAUCAGUCUCACCCCUUCUCCGGAACAAUUUAUGAAAAGCUCCAAUGGCUCAACUCUAAGAUGGCGGAAGAAGGAUACAAGCCUGAUGUCAGUUCAGUGCUGCAUGAUGUGGCAGAUGCUGAGAAGGUUCACAUGCUCAGCAAUCAUAGCGAGAAGCUUGCAAUUGCCUUUGGCUUAAUUUUUGUUCCGGAGGAAAUGCUGAUCCGGGUUGUCAAGAAUCUGCGUGUGUGUGUGGAUUGCCACAAUGCUACCAAGUUCAUCUCUAAGAUAACCGGUCGUGAUAUUCUUGUGAGAGAUGCUGUCAGAUUUCACAAGUUUAGCAAUGGCAUUUGUUCCUGUGGGGACUUCUGGUAAUUCUACUAUCUGUUCAUCCAACGUCGUACAUGCUUCAAGUUUAACUAAAAUCAGAAGUGCUAUGACCGGAAGAAAAGGAGGAAAGUUGAACAAAGCCAAGCAUGUAUUAUA